AUAUAUAAAGUUCCAUUUUUUCCAAAAAUCGUUGUGUAGCAGCGGCUGCUUCUCCAUUGCAGAGGUAAAAAUGACAACUCCAGCAGUGAAGACCGGUUUGUUCGUUGGAUUGAACAAAGGACACGUCGUCACCAGACGUGAGCUAGCUCCUCGUCCCAAUUCUCGCAAAGGGAAAACGAGCAAGAGGACCAUAUUCAUAAGAAAACUGAUUAGGGAAGUAGCUGGAAUGGCUCCUUAUGAGAAGAGAAUCACUGAGCUUCUCAAGGUUGGGAAAGACAAGCGUGCUCUUAAGGUUGCUAAGAGGAAGUUGGGUACUCACAAGAGAGCUAAGAGGAAGAGAGAGGAGAUGUCUAGUGUUCUCCGCAAGAUGAGGUCUCUUGGUGGUGCUGCUGCUGCUGAGAAGAAGAUGUAGACAUCUUAUUAGGCUUCUGUGUUAUGGCAUAUUUCUUUCUAUUGGAAAUCAAGUUUUGGCUUCUGUAUGCUCAAAAAGCGUUUAUGUGUUGUGCUUUGUUAGGGAUGUGGAUUAAUCUUGUUUCUCUCUGUUCUUGUUCAUAUAUGCCAAUGCCUUGUUCCCUUGCUCGUUUAGAAAAUACCUAUUAUAAAGCAGGCCCAAUAACCCGUAGCCCAAUAGUAACCAGCUAUCGAAAUAUCUUCACUUUUGGGCCUCGAAUAAACUUGUCCCAACUGAUGUACUACAUUUCAUUUAGAACAAACACCACAUUUCAGGAUGCCAAAAAGGAGGAUGUUUGUACAUUAUGCAUGCACGAUUAUAUAAAUAAAGAUGUACGUACG